AUGGUUGCAGGCUCAGACACGACCGCCAUCAGCCUCAGCGCUAUCUUGUAUCAGCUUCUCCGGAAUCCCAAAGAGAUGAGCAAGCUGCAAAAAGAGAUUGAUGAGUUCUAUUCCCAAAGAGCUGGUGAUCCUCGGCGAAUCAACUUCCAGGAGAGUCUCAAGCUGCCCUACCUCCAGGCAGUCAUCAAGGAGGCAUUGAGAUUGCACCCAGCGACUGGCCUUCCCCUCGAAAGAGUUGUCCCCGAAGGAGGAGCAGCUAUCGCCGGGAAAUUCUUUCCAGCCGGGACCAUCGUUGGCAUCAACACCUGGGUCGAGCACUACCACCCAUCCAUCUUUGGUGAAGAUGCAGCCUCUUUCAGACCGGAUCGAUGGUUAACUACAGACACCGAUCGUUUGUCGGCCAUGAACAGACACUGGAUGCCGGUAAGCUACCUGGAGAAGAACUAG